UUAUUAUGACUGAUAUAACUAUUCCUGAAUUUUUUAGUGGCAAAGAAGUUUUCAUAACUGGAGGAAGCGGAUUUAUCGGAAAAGCCCUAAUCGAGAAACUCCUACGAUGCUGUCCCGAAGUAAAGACCAUUUAUCUCCUGGUCAGAAGUAAGAAGAAUCAGAAGCCACAGGAACGAGUCAGGACCAUCCUGGACAAUCCGUUAUUUGAUACAAUAAGGCAAACUAAUCCAAAGGCUUUGGACAAAGUCCAGGCCAUCACCGGUGAUGUCAGCGAACUGCGAUUGGGCCUGAACGAGGAGGACAGGAAAAGACUUUUAGGCUGCCAUGUCGUUUUUCAUGCUGCAGCAAGUGUCAGGUUCGAUGAUCCCCUAAAACAGGCAACCCUGAUGAAUACUCGAGGUACCCGCGAAAUGAUGGAACUGAUGUUGCAGAUGCCCAAUUUGGUAGUAGGCGUCCACGUGUCGACUGCAUAUUGCAACACCGACAAAGAUGUCAUCGAGGAAAAAGUCUACAGAGACCACGGAGAUUGGAGAGAGGCCAUUAGGUUGGCAGAAGGGUACCAGGACGACUAUUCUUUGGCUUGUUUAACCGAAAAAUGUCUGAAUGGUUUGAAAAAUACUUAUACUUACACCAAAAAUUUGGCAGAGAAUGUCGUGGAAGAUUACAGCCACCGUUUGCCUUUAGUUAUAUAUCGACCAGGAGUUGUCAUCUCCAUGUGGAAAGAUCCUUUGCCAGGAUGGAAUGACAAUUUAAAUGGACCUAUUGGCCUCGAAUUAGCAUCAGGAAAAGGAUUUUUGAGAGUUGUACAAGGAGAUCCUGACCACAUAUUAGACAAUAUGCCAGUUGAUCUUGUUGUAAACGGUAUGGUGACUGCCGCUUGGAAAAAAGGAACGGAAAGAGAUACAGAAACUCUUCCAGUCUACAAUUGUACCAUGGACAGGUACAUGAACUAUACCCAUUCAGAAAUCCGAGACAUGGCACUUGCAGAAGUUAGCAAUUGUCCGUUUAAUGGCACCAUGUGGCUGUGCAAAUUGACAAGAAAAACCUACUUCGCCAUGCUAUCUGUGUCUUAUUUCGUUUCGAAAAACUGGCUUUUCAAAUCCUCGAACUUUACGAAUCUCAACAAGGAAGUUCUACAUAGCGACUGGAAAGAUUUCGUGGUCGAUGGAAGUAAUUUCAACGUUCAGGAUUUUACAAGAAAUGCCAGAAUGGGAAUAUCAAAAUAUAUUUUGAAAGAGGAGAUAGAUCUUCCGAGCGCCAGGGCUCAGUACCAAAAAUUGAAGAUCCUGCACUACUCCGUGAAAUAUUUAUUCUGGGCCUGCCUUUUGUAUUAUGUCAUACUGCCAAAGAUCAACAGUUAUUUAGUGCAAUAA